CAAUGUGAACAAAUAUUGAAUUUGAAUUGUGUAGUAGGAAUAGGACGACGGACACCGCAGCCGUUGACCAUCUCUCUUUCAGCGGAGCUGUACCAAAACAAAGAACAAUGAAACUUGUCAAAAUAGGCGCGUGUUUGGAACACGGCAAUUUCCUUCUUCCCUCGCUUUUACUUUAUCAAGAAAGGGUUUGCACGGUGGAUUUUGUCUGCAAUUCUUCCCUUAUUUCACCAUUCUUUUUAUUCAGCAUCAUUGUAUCAACGUGCUUUCUUUCGUUAGUUCUUUUUAUCAUUUUCUUUACUACAUCAUCUGCAUCGCUUUGGAGAGUUCUGGAUUCGGUUUUUGCUCGUCUGCGUUUCUGAAGAUUGAGCCAAUCCUUGGAGAUGGAUAUUUUCUUUAGGGGCAAAAAUGAAGUUCCACCAUCAUCUGAUUGUCUCUUCACCCAUCAGGAUAUCCUUCGAUGCCCAUUUUUGAGGAAUAUUAAUGAACCCACUAACUUCUCUUUAUUCACGCCUGCCAAUUUCUCAAUGCCUGCACAAGGUGCUAAGGGUCCAAUUUUCGAAGAUGGUCCCAAUUUUGAAAUGGCAUUUAGGCUUUUCCAUGGACAUGAUGGUGUUGUCCCACUCUCUGGAAGAUCGUUUUUGCACUCUGACAAUUUAAAGACCAAGCCUGCAGCACCCCAGUUUAAUCCUUUAGCAGCAAGGACAGCCACUAUCAGUCUCUCAGCCUUUGGACCAGGAGGGCCCUUUAGUUUUGAUUCCUUUUCUGAGAAGUGGAAGAAGCAGAAAAAGAAAAGCAAGCCAUCACGUAAAGAGCCGUCUUCAGAGGGAGGUGACUCAAAGCAUGAGGCGCUAGGCAAUGAGUGGCUGGAAUCAGGAAAUUGUCCAAUUGCUAAGUCAUACAGGGCAGUGAGCCAUGUCCUCCCGCUGGUUGCAAAGGCUCUUCAGCCCGCUCCAGGUAUGAAAUUGAGGUGCCCACCAGCAGUGGUUGCAGCACGUGCAGCUCUUGCCCAGACGGCCUUUGCAAAGAAUCUCCGCCCACAGCCCCUGCCUGCAAAGAUGUUGGUAAUUGGUGUCAUGGGAAUGGCAGCCAACAUCCCUCUAGGAGUAUGGAGGGAGCAUACAGUGAAAUUUUCACCCUCCUGGUUUGUAGCUGUUCAUGCAGCUGUGCCCUUCAUUGCUGUGCUCAGAAAGUCGGUCUUGAUGCCUAAGACUGCAAUGGCCCUCACUGUUGCUGCAUCCAUCUUGGGACAGGUCAUAGGUUCCAGGGCUGAGCGAAUCCGGCUAAAAGCUGUAGCUGCUGGAACACAAGAAGUGAUGGCAUCACUUGCUGGUGAGCCUAUUCAACUACAAGUUGUUGGCCUUAAAAGCAGGUGUUGCAGUGAAGAUAUGGAAUGGAACCUUCUUCCACUCAAGGCAACUAGGACUUCUUCGUCGGGCAAUGUGUGUAUUUGAUUUUGAGGAUAUUAGCCAACACUCUUGAUGAUUUAUAAGAAGUCUUUGUUUUGUAAUGCUUGAACCAGGGAUUGAGAAACCUCUUGGGAAGAUUAUGAUGGGGAGGAAGAAUAAGAUAUGUUGAAAUUGUAUACAUUUGUUACUGAUAUAUUUACACAAUAAAUUUAUUUUGCCUUUUCUGUGACAUGUAUUUUCA